GGAAAAGAAAUAUUCUUCGUCGUGCUUUUUUUGUUCUCUCUCGUUCUCCAUCUCUGCGUCGUCGAUCAACGAUAGUUUGAGUUGGCGUCUUCUUUUUUCCCUUCUUCUUCUGGCGCUCCCUCCACAAUUCCCUUCGCAUUUUCCUACGCGAAAGCACGCGUGUGGGCAACGCCGGUCGGACUUUCCCUUCGUGAGCUUUUCCGUGUGCUUCGUACAACAGGGAAAGGAGAAGAAGAAAAAAGGAAAGAUGCUGUGGAACUCCACCGUUGGCGCGCAUGCUCGUAUAUAUAUACCCGCUAGAGCCUUCACAUGUGAAAGAAACAAAACAACAAGCAGCUGCAAUAAAGCAAUGCGACGUCGAUGAACAUCACUCGAGAUGAUGGCGUUGAUGGUGGCUCAUGGGAUUUGCGGAUGUGUGUGUGUGUUGAUUUUCGAUUUUUUCUUUUCCUUUUCUGUUUCCUCUGCGUGGUCGAGACGAACUGGAUGGAUUGCGCGGAGAAUGGGCGCCCCUUUCUCUGUGAGUCUUUUCCUUUUCUCUUCUCUUUCUUUCCGUUCGCGUAAGACGCAUGGAGUCGCCUUUUAUAUUUUUUUUUUUUUGCGGUAUAGUUCCUCCUACUUUAUUUUAGUUACCUUUUGUGUUUUUUUUUUAAGACUGCUGACUGACGUGUGUAAAUGAAAACUGGCUCGAGAAUCAUUUUCUUUUUUUCUUCUUUGUAAAGUCAAGGCGCAGCAGACAGAGAAAAAAAGAUGUGCAUAAUACCACCGCUGUAUGUGUGUGUCUCUCUCUUUCCUCCUCGCUGUCGCUGUGACAUCUACGUGUGUGUGUGUGUGUGUGUGUGUGUGUGUGUGUGUGUGUGGAUGCCUUACGGUGAAUUACAUCGUGCUUUUCCUUCUCUUUUCUCUUUUUCUUUUUUGUAUUUCUCGUGUGUGUCUGUGUGCUGAUUUUUCGUUCAUUGAUUUAAUCAAAAAAAAAAAAGGGCAUUAUCAAGAGGAAGAAGAUGCGUGAGAUAGGGGAAUCGGAGAGGUAAGGUGGAGCGUCUUUCAUCUCGUCGUGGAUGACGCGUAGUGCUCAUACGAGGCCCCGAGUCUCUCCUUUUCUUUUCGUUUUCUUUUCUCUUUCCUUCUCGUAUCGAUGGCGGGAAGGAAGCACAGCAGCGAGAAAAGCGGUACUGCGUUUUGUGUUGUCGGUGUAAUUUAUAUAUAUUAAGAUUUGUUGUUUUGGAACAACAGAGGAAGAAGGCGCGUGUGUGAGGGAAUGACAGGAGAUGUUUGUUUUCAAUUCUGUUUUCUUUAUUACAUUUCUCUUCUUUUUAUUGUUUUCUUGAGGUGCCAAACGUCCAUCUUGCGAUGGUCAAACAUGAAUGGAGAGCUUAUCAAUGCAGGAGAUGAGGUGAGGGCCCCCGGGGCUGCUCAAGUUGUGGCGAAGGAAGAGAGUGUGUUGCGGCCAACGGUCACCACCGCGCAGUUGAGGUGACGACGAGUUAUUUCUUCUCCGGUUUGCCGGAGCAGCCUUUUCUGCAAAUUCCCGACACCUUAGCCUAAUCUUCUGCGGAAGAGCUACACCGAGAUCCAUUGCUGCGUCUUGUCAGGCUGCGCUGGUUGGCGCAGUGCCGACAGCCGGUUAAGGUGGAGCCGUGUUUUGCCUUGUGGGUAAUUACUCGCAUUAAGGUCUGUUCUGCCCGACUUCACGACUCUCCUCUCUUUUACGCUCUCUCUCCGACAUCGUGUGUGUCUGAAUAUCCCUUCCCCCCUCCGGAAAAAAACAUCGUAGCUGGCGAGAGGUAGAUAAAGCACACACGCACACACGGGAAACCCUUAUUUAACUCUCUCUCUCUAACAAGAAGCAACAACCACGACAACUGUAGAACACGAUUGAGCCGUUCUGGGAUUUAACAGUAAAUAUAUAUAUAUAUAUAUAUGUUUGGCUGUUACUGCUACAUUUCGAACGUCUUCUUCGCUUGCGCAGGCGAACUUCGGACGCUCACAUAUUCCCAACUCCCUCUAACGGAAACAAAGAAAGAUUAAGCACUCACGCUUGGAUUAUUUCACUUCGUACUGCACCAACCUGCUUCGUCUCUCUUGUCUUUUUUUUUUUUCACUUUUUCUGGGUACCGUGUUCACACUCUCGUGCUUCAAUCCAUCUCGGCCUCUGUCCUGUAUAACCGGAAGUGUUGUACCGGAAGCUGUUUGCACUACACGCGUCGCUGCUCCGCAUCACCGUGCUCACUCGCAGACAACAAGAGGAUCGACCGCAAACAGCAGCCACUGCAUCGACAAAAAGGAAAACCCAGUGAAAAUGCGGAGCUCCUCUCGCCUUGUGUGGCAGCCCGCGGCGUGUUCUGCCUUGACCAGCGUCAAGCGUCUGACAUCUAACAUCCGCCUGCAGACGGACUUCGGCAGCGCCACGCCGGCGCAGCGCCCUGCCACAAGCAAGGGCCUGCUCUAUGUCACGGAGCCCGCGUCUCGCAAAGGUUCCUUUGGCCGCUACAUGCACACCGCCCGAGAUCAGGCGCCGUACAUCGCUGGUGCGGUGGCGGGUGUGUGCAUCUACAGCGCCGCCACCCUCGCCAUCCCAGCCGGCUUUGGCGCGCUGAUCGAUUACGCGAGCAAGGGCGAGAUGCCGCUUGGUACGUCGAUGCAGCUGCUCGGUUGGUUCGGCAUGUGUGCGGUGGGCAACUACCUCCGCCUGUACUGCAUCGGCUACGCCGGCGAGAACAUCAUCGCGAAGCUGCGCCGUGCCCUCUACCACGGCAUUCUGCGGCAGCCGACGGCGUUCUUCGAUUCAACGGAGAAUCGCACCGGUGCGUUGGUGCAGCGGCUGUCGAUGGACUGCAACGUGGUGGGCAGCUCUCUCACGGAGGCGGUGACCAGCGGGAGUAAGAACUUUCUACAGACCGUCGGCGCCGUCGGCGUGAUGCUCUACUACUCCCCCCUGCUGACGAGCGUGAUCGUGUGCAUGAUCCCGCCGGUGGCGAUCUUUGCCGGGUCCUACGGCCGCUACGUGCGGAAGCUGCAGCACCACAUGCAGGAUGCGCUGGCGGACAUGGGCACCGUCGCGGAGGAGCGUUUGUCGAGCAUCCGGACGGUGCGCGCCUUCGGGACGGAGGUGCAGGAAGUGGCGUGGUACGGCAAAAAUGUGCAGCGGGUGUUUGACUUGAGCCUGCGCAUGGUGCGGUGGAACUCCGUCUACGUGGCCUCGCUGCAAACGGUCGGGUACGGCGCCAUGUACUGCAUCAUGUGGGCGGGCUCGAUGCUCGUCGCGUCGGGGCAGCUCACGCCGGGCGUACUUUUUUCUUUUAUGCUGUACACGGUGUACUGCGGCAUUGGCCUGAUGGGGCUGACGAACCUGGCAACGGAGAUCAACAAGGGCUACGGCGCCUCGCUGCGGCUGUUUGAUAUUCUGGACAAGGCCGAUGCGCUGAAGAAGGCGCAGGAUGCUGGCAAGCAGCUUACGCCCACGACGUGCGACUGGCGUGUGACGCUGAAGGACGUGUCCUUCGCGUACCCGACCCGUCCGGAGGCCCUCAUCUACACCAACAUCAACUUGACUGUCCAACCCUCUCGCUGCACCUGCGUGGUGGGCAGCAGCGGCUCUGGUAAGUCCUCACUGGCGAUGCUGCUGCUGAAGCUCUACGAGCCCACCAGCGGCGAGGUGUUGCUGGGCGACUACAACGUGCGCGACAUCCAGUCCCAGUGGCUGCACGAGCGCGUCGGCUACGUUGGACAAGAGCCGGUACUGUUCGGCGGCUCCAUCGCACAGAACAUCGCGUACGGCGUGCCGGGCCGCAACUGGGACGACUCGAUUGACCGCUGGCAGUACGCCGCGAUUGUGGAGGCGGCCCGAAAGGCGAACGCUCACGAUUUUAUUUCCGCUCUUCCCGAAGGCUACGACACGUUUGUGGGGGAGAACGGCCGCAGCUUGUCGGGUGGCCAGAAGCAGCGCAUUGCGAUCGCGCGUGCGCUGAUGCGCCACCCGCACAUCACCAUUCUGGAUGAGGCCACCUCUGCCCUUGACAGCGAGAGUGAGGUGGUGGUGCACGACGCCAUCUCGCGCUUGAUCGAAGAGGCGAAGAAGUCCGAGACGCAGCACACCGUGUUGAUGUUCGCGCAUAAACUAAGCAUGAUUCGCAAGGCGGACCACAUCAUCGUGCUGGACAAGGGCAAGGUGGCGGUGGAGGGCAACUUUGAGGAGGUGUCACAGAGCAAGCUGUUCUGCGAUUUGGUGGGGCUGACGGUGUUGCCGCAGGCGGCCGACAGCAAGUCAUCUGCAUAA